GUCUUACGUGCUGGGACCAUUUCAAGUUGGCUUCAGCGUUUUUUGUUUGAUGAUCAUUCGUAUGAUCCGAUGUCUCUCCUUUCCAUUAUUCUUCAUGUCUUAAUGCCCCAUCUUUUCGUCAUUUAAAGCCUGUUGACAUGACGCAUUUUAGACGAUCUGUUGUCCGUUCCCUCCAGCAUUUGCAUUAUAUAUGGGCAUUGGGAUUUCACUCCUUUCCGGAAGUUGUACAAUUAUUUUGGCAUAGCAUGGCGCUGCUGUCGUUCCUUUUGGUUUCGCAGGUCUGGGUAUUUGGGAUUGUGGGUUGGAUGGCGAAGGAAAAGUGUGCAGUGUCUUUUGUUUGGAUUUCUGAUGCGCUGUGGUUCACUUGUGCCUUGAGCACAUUGAGACCUCAGGCAGACUUUGUGUUCUUUUACUUUGGGUCGACCUCGAUCGGGCGAGAUUCCACUAUAUAUGCAUAGCUUUGGCGUUUGUGAAUACCGCUAUCUUUAUUUAUUUUUUAUUUAUUUUUGUUUUUUAUUGCUUGAUUGAUUCCAUUCAACCACAUCUGUGUUAUUGAUUGACUUGAGAUUGGUUUUAUAGUAUAGCAACAAUAUUCCGCCUUAAUAAUAGCUGAUUGUUCUUUCUACUUGGUGA